ACAGAAACAAUCACCAGUCAUAACACCAACACCACCCCUCUCUCCACCUUGGUGACCACACUCCCCACGACCAUCACCAGGUCUAGAGCUAUAUCUGAGACCACCUACACUACUUCUCCCACUAGCACAGCCACAGACUCCAUGACCGACAUCAGCUACCCCACAAGUAUGACAGGUACAUUGUUCCCCGAGAUUUCUCUCUCACCCACCUCUUCCUCUCUCCUAACCGUAGAAACUGCCACAACUCCUACCACAACCUUGGUAACCACCACCCCUGAGACCACCUCCCACAGUGUUCCCAGCUUCACUUCUUCAACCAUCUAUUCCACAAGGAGUACAACCACAACUGCCAUCUCCUCAGCUUCGCCUACCUCAGGUACCAUGGUGACUUCCACAACCAUGACCCCAUCUUCUCUGAGUACAGACAUCCCUUCGACAACACCCACAACUAUUACCCACUCUUCUGUGAGCUCUACUGAAUCCUUGACUACAACAACAGUCCUCUCCUCAACAUUUGCUGUUUCCACUACCUCAGCAGUGUCCACAAGUGACAUCCCAUCUUCCCCCAACAUCCAGAAUACAGAAACCUCAUCCCUUGUCAGCAUGACCUCUGCCACCACUCCCAGCGAGAGACCAACUCUCACAAGUACUGAGGGCACUCAGACAACUUCCCUCCUGACGAGCUUCCCAGCAACAUAUUCAUUUUCCUCUUCCAUGUCUGCCAGCAGUGCAGGGACCACUCACACCGAGAGUAUCUCCUCACCUCCAUCCAUCACCAGUACACACCACACAACAGCUGGAUCCACCCCAUCAGCCACAACCACCACGUCAUUCACAACAUUUACAACGAUGGAAACACCUUCAUCCACUGUAGCAACUACACGCACAGGUCAGACUACAUUCACCAGUUCAACAGCCACAUCCCCUGAGACCACCACACUGACUCCUACCCUUGACAUUUCCACAGGAUCUUUCAAAACAGCAGUGAGUUCUACUCCCCCCAUCACUUCUUCAAUCACCUCCACAUAUACAGUGACAUCUAUGACAACUACCAACCCUCUGCCCACAGCCACUAAUACACUGGGCGGGGGCGAGGGCCAUGGCCUUUCGUCACCUCUGUGUCUGGCCAGGGGUGGAGACCAGGACCAUAAAGUCUCAGGUCUGAUCACCCUGGGAGGCUUUCCAUUUGCCCAGUCCCUCUUGGCGGGAAGGCGGGCACAGCCAGAGGCCCGUUCCCGGGGAAAUGCUGGUGAUCUGGACCCGACGCUGGCUCACCUACUGGCUCUCCGCGUCCUUUCCUGCUACAUUGACACAGGCACUGACGUCAUCCAGGUGCAGGAGAAGGAAGGAAAGAGGGGUGAGCCUGGAACCUGCUCUGCCCGCCUCUGCUGGGUCAAUGCAGCUGCUGGGGGCUCCUCGCAGCCUCCUCACCGGCCUGUCUGCAGCGAGGAUGGUGGGUGUGGGAAUUACGUCUUCCAAGAGCAGUACUUCCUGCGGCUCCUUCUUGUCACCCCCGGCUCGCCCCACAGCCCCACUCAGCUGGCCAUGCUCUCACAGCCGGGGCCUUGUGUCUGGGCACACAGCUAUUGUCCUGGGACCCAGAAACGGGAAGCUUCUGAAGUCCACUGCUUCAGGAGGACUUACCGGUGGAUUCCUCUGCUCUACUGCCAAUGCAGGAACUGUAUCUACGGCCACAUCCAUCUCUCACAUGGUUUCCCCAGGGCGGAGCUUGGCGCGCUGUGCUCAGCGAGAAAACAGACACAGCUCUCUGCUGACAAACUUGGCGGCCACCACUACUCAGAUCCUCCCCCACGAAGUAUCACCUUCUUCUUCAGCCAUCUGCUCUACAACAUCCACCCCGACAACACCAACAAUUAUCACUCACCCUUCUGUGGGCUCUACUGGCUUUGCGACUACAGGAACAGACUCCACAUUGACAUUCACUGUUUUUCCAGUUCUCAGCAAUAUGUAGUGGAGACUGAGGUGGGCAUGGAAGUGUCUGUCGAUCAGGAGUUCUCGCCGGACCUCAAUGACAACACUUCUCAGGCCUACAGGGAUUUCAACAAGACCUUCUGGAAUCAGAUGCAGAAGAUUUUUGCAGGCAUGCGGGGCUUCACCUUCAAGGGUGUGGAGAUCCUGUCCCUGAGGAAUGGCAGCAUCGUGGUGGACUACCUGGUCCUGCUGGAGCUGCCCUUCAGCGCCCAGCUGGAGAGCCAGUACGAGCAGGCGAAGAUGACGCUGAAGGAGGCGCUGCAGAAUGCCAGCCAGGAUGCAGACAGCUGCCAGGACUCCCAGACCCUGUGUUUUAAGCCUGACUCCAUCAAGGUGAACAACAACAGCAGGACAGAGCUGACCCCGAAAGCCCUCUGCCGCCGCGCCGCUCCCGCGGGCUAUGAGGAGUUCUACUUCCCCUUGGUGGAGGCCACCCGGCUCCGCUGUGUCACCAAAUGCACGUCGGGCGUGGACGACGCCAUCGACUGUCACCAGGGCCAGUGCGUUCUGGAGAGGAGCGGUCCCGCCUGUCGCUGCUACUCCACGGACACUCACUGGUUCUCCGGCCCGCGCUGUGAGGUGGCCAUCCACUGGAGGGCGCUGGUCGGAGGCCUGACGGCGGGCGCCGCGCUGCUGCUGCUGCUGCUACUAGCGCUGGGUGUCUGGGCGGUGCGCUCCGGACUGUGGAGCUGCCAGUGCCUAGACCGGUCCUGGGACCAGGACAGGAAAUGGUUCGAGACCUGGGAUGAGGAAGUCGUGGGCACUUUUUCAAACUGGGGUUUCGAGGUCGACGGAACAGACAAGGAUGAAAAUUUCCGUGUGGCCUUGGAGAACGUGGACACCACUAUGAAGGUGCACAUCAAGAGACCCGAGAUGACCUCGUCCUCAGUGUGAGCCCUGCGGGCCCCGUCACCAUCCCCUCUGCCCUGCCCGGGACACAAGGCUCUGCACUGCGUCCAUUUCAAGUGGUGGCCCCAGGACGCCGCCAGCCCAGGCUCCUGCUGUUCUUGGGCAAAAUGAGACUGUUCCCCCAAAUCCCAUCCUUGUCUUUCCAACUUGGCUGAAAUCCACCAGGAGACGCAGUUCACCUGCAGGCUCUUCCACUGCGGAACCUUGGGCAAGUCAGUAAGGAGUCUCAGUUUCCUCACCUGCAAAAUGGGUACAAUAUUCCUGUGUGAUAUCUCACACCAUUGUUGUGUAAACCACAGGGACUCCGUCAAUUCUCGGUCCUACUCUGCCCUCCCGUCUCAGCCCUCAUGUUGCCUCUCUCCGAUUCUCCAAUCCUCAUGUCCUUCGCCUGGUCUCCGGCCCUGGUUCCUAUUUUCUCUCAAUUCCCUACUGCCUGUUUCUUACUUUGAACCUGGAGGCAGCCUGCAGCCCAUCCCAUCUCCUGUCCUCUCCUGAUCGAACUCCCUGCUGUGUCUCUUGCUCUCAUUCCUUAGAUGUCCUCUCCUUCUGACACCAUUCCUUCAUCCAUCCUGCCCCCCAGUCCCGCAGCCCUAAAUCCUCCCUCCUCUCCUCACAUCCCGGUCCCUAGCAAGGUAUAGAUAGCCUCUGUGUCUUAGGGUACCCCAGCUGCUGUUCCCCCCAUCACCCCGUUGCCCAAUUCCCCGUUUCUCUUGCUCUCAUUCCUUGUAUCUUCUCCCCUUCUGAGCCUGUCCAUUCAUCGGUUCUGCCUCCACUCCCCCAGCCCUAAAUACCCCAACUGCUGUUUCCCCUCAUCACCCCCUACCCGAUUCUCCAUUCUCCACCCCUUUCUCUCACCCCUGGAGCCCCGUGGGUGGUUCAGGGCAUGGAUUCCCCAGUCCCCAAGGAAAGGCAGCCCCCUCCGUCCCCCUCCUCCUCACUCCCUUCAAUCUCCCUCCCCUCUCACCUCACCACUGCCUUUUAAACCCAUCCCCUCCUUUUCCCCUCCUCCCCCUCUCUGGCUGGUGUCACCUCGAUUCCUGCGGUAACUCUGAGUCCUGAAAUCCUCAAUCUCCUUGGCCGCGAAGAUCGACUUCGGGGACCGGAAGUCGGCACAUCUCCAGGUCUCCAUGUGAACGCAAUAUAGAGUUUAUUGUAAAAGAA